CCACAUAUCUAUACCUCGACACCUAGCUAUACUACCUACGAUUCCACAAUCCCACAAUUUCUGGAGUAUCCAUCCAGCCAAAAAACAGAAAAAGAAGAGAGACUCGCUGCUCCAGCUGCGGAUCCAGAGACACAUCAUUUCACCCACUGCAUAGCGCUCUCGCAAUGCCAUCGAUCGAGCGUGACACCCCUCCCGCAGACCGACCCUUAAGACACCAACAUUCCUCCUCCGUCAACUCCAUCAUCCCGAUGUGGGAUAGCUCCGAUCCAGAGCGGGCGCCGCCGCCUCUGCCCAUGAACCCCCAGUCGCCCGGCGUCGGCCCGUCACGGAGCGGCACAUCGCUGGCCAUUCAGUCUGCGCAUGCUGCCCUGACCGAGAAGGCGCGGGAAAACGCCCUCGUCCCCUCCUUCGCGAAACGAGGCAACGACGUGUCGCCCGAGCGCUCUGUCGCCCAGCGAGGACCAAGCCCCCACAAGCGCAUGCAAUCUAUGCAACCUGGUAGCGUGCGGGACAUGAGCCUCAUGAUCGAGCACUCCCGAGACUCGGCCGGUUCGACGCCCCGGGGCUCCCCCGAGAAGGAAAGGUACCCGAGACCCUCUACGCCGGUUCGUGGCUGGGAUCACGACAGAGAUUCUAAGCCGCCAGAGAAAGAGAACGCCGGCCCCGGCACGCCUACCCCCAUGCCGGGCGUACCCUCCGCCGUCCGCCCCUCGGUGAGGCGGCCGCCGCAGAGCAUCCUCAGCGAGAACACGCCGCCCCAGUCGGCUACCAUGCUGGCUUUGCAGAGUAUGGGCACCGCGUCGACGCGAGAGGGCGGGCCGCCGUUAGCCAACGUGACAAACCACUCCCACUCGUCGAUGAAGAUCCCUCUGUCCGCCGAACACCUCUCUAACCAACUCCUCACCCUCACCAACAUUGCCACCGCCCUCCAGAAAGAAAUGUCCCAGCUCAGUCGCCGAAGCAGGGACAAUGCCACCGACCUUAUGAGCCUCAAAGAGGCCACGCAUGCCCGCGACGAAGACAUCCGCAAGAGCCUGCGGGAAUUGGCCCUGAACGUGGACCCCGCACGGAUCCAUCGCGACUCCUAUACGGGCGGUUUGUAUCUCGACAAUAAGCCCUUCAACAACAUGUCUGCCGGGUCCAAGAUUGGCCGACCCAUCUCCCUACCGAGGAUUCCGUCGCCGAAUAGUUUCGCGGCCUCGAUCGAUAGGGAGUCGACGAUGAGCACGCCGUCACUCGUGGGGGACACACCCGCUACGAUGGCAUUACUAGAGAGGAUCAUCCGAGAUAUGGGGACGAAGGACAAUCAGGAUACUAUUGUGGCUCGCCUAUCCGAGCUGGCCGAAAAACUGGCCGGCAUGGCCUCGGCCGGUAAGGUUGAGGAACUCAUCCACCACCUGAGGAUGACGAACGACCAAUCCAGUCUCUCCUUGACAAGCGUCGAUUCGACCCGGCCGCGAGCCAUGAGCCUCUCGAGCGACGACUCGUCGAAAAUGAAGGAACCCGAUCAGAGCCACCGCAACGGGAUCGUGAACCAGAGAGUCGAGAAAUUACUUAACGGGAAAGAAACCCGACGAGCUUCAGCCUCGGUUACGACCCGACCACACGAGGUCCUUAACGACGAUGUAAUGAAGAUCAUCCGCUCUGUCAAAGACAGCGUUGCCCAAGGGGGAGGCAUGACAGCCGAAGUCAAGGCCCUCGUUCGGGAGCUCCGCGGGGAAGUUCUCGGGAUGGGCCGAGAGCUUAGCAGGAAACUCGACGAGUGGCACGGAAAGAGCCCCAGCAAGAGCGAAACGGCGAGCAGGGCCGAGCUGGCCAGGAUCGUCGAGGAAGGGCUGGAGCAGAUACGAGUCUACAUGGCGCAGCGCCUCCGGGAUCAUAGGCGAGUAUCGACCGAGUCGACAAAGUCGGUAGUCGACUACCAGGAGAUUUACAAUGCCAUGAGAAGCGCCCUCAGCGACUCGCAGGCAACUCAGUCCCAGGAGCCCAAGCUAAGCAGAGAAGAUGUCAUCGAGGCCGUGAAGGACGCUUGGGAGAAUUACAAGCCCGAAAUCGAGGUACAGCAGAUCGGCUUGGAGCGGGACGAAGUUCUCGAGUGCCUAAAGGAAGGGCUGCAGCAGCACGCACCACGCAACGAAGGCCCCCCCGGAGCGACGAGAGAGGAGAUGUUCAAGGCCGUCGUCGAGGGGCUGAAGCACUUCACGCCGCCUCAAGUAGACACUCCUGCCAGUCUCUCGCGAGACGAGGUCCUCGAAGCCGUUAGGGAGUGCCUUGAGGAUUUCGAAUUCCCGAUGGUUCCCCCGAACAAUGAGCUGACCCGCGACGACGUCGUGGACGCUGUUAAGGAGGGCUUGCACUCGACGCAGAGCACCGCCCUCGUCCCCCACGGCGGCGAUACCUCGGAAGUCAUGAAGCGCCUCCACGAUAUCAUGCAGUAUAUGCGUAGCGAGUUCAAGGCCGUCUCCGAAGAGGCCAAGCAGAAUGUCGCCGCAAGCGGGAGAGACACCGAGCAAGUCUUGGAUGCCACCAAAGACGGCCUAGACCAGUUGCGAGUGCACAUGGAGCGCUACGUCGACAAGGCUAUCGAGGCUGCUAACCACGAGGAGGUCCUGGGUAGCCUUGACCACGGAUUCGAACAAGUCCGACAACAGAUGGAAGAAUUCGUCGAUAGGGCGUCCAACGCCUCCGGCCACGGCGACUUGAUGGCUAAUAUCUCGAAAGGCCUUGAUCAAUUGCGCGAGCACAUGGAGAGUUAUGCGGGGAAAGGAUCCGGCGGCGGCCCUGGUCAGGGGCAGCUGAUAGAGACUCUUACCAGCAAUUUUGACGACCUGCGAAAACACAUGGAAGGCUACGUCGAUAAAGCUGCCGGGACCGCCAACCAAGAGGAACUCAUGACCAACGUUGUCAGCAGCUUCGACCUAUUCCGAGAAGAGGUUUCCGAGCUCGUCGCAAAGGCUUCGGAUGGCUCCCGGGACAUUAUCCAAAAGGAGAUCGAGUCCCUUCGAGACACCGUCAAUUCCUCUCUCGUCCCUCACGUGCCGCACAUGAGCGACAACAGGGACGUUCUAGAGGCUAUUCGCGACAGCAUCGAGAGAAUACGGGCCGAGUUGCUCCGUCCCCAUGCUGGAACCACGGAUAUCCUCGAUGCUCUCCACGAAGGCUUCAGCGACUUGCGAAUAGCCAUCGAGAAGGUGGGAGACCGGCCAGCGGAUCUAACCGCCAACGACGAAAUCCUCGACGCCCUCAAGUGCGGCCUGGACGGUGUCCGUACCAACAUCGACUCCCUCCGCGACCAUAACCCUAACGAAAACGCGAUCGCCACCAUAGAUGCGGUCCGUAGCGACGCCCUCAUCCCCGCCGACCUAGUCAGACAUGACGACAUCAAGAACCUCGAAGUCAUGAUGACACAGCUUAGGGUUAAGAUGGAGGCUAUAGAGCCGCCGCCGCCGGCGCCGCCGCCUCCGCCUGCGGAGGGAGGCCUCUCGAAGGACGACUUGGCAGAGAUGGAAGAGAUGCUCCGCAACGGCCUGUCCAAAGAGGACCUACGCGAGAUGGAGGAGAUGCUACGCAGUAUGCAGGAAUCGAUGCCGGGCAGGUGGACCAGGGACGGCGAUAUUCCUGCUUCUACAGCACCGAUAAAUCCGGACGACCCAGCCACGAGAGAAGACGCGCACGCCAUCGAAACCAUCCUUCGCAAUACCAAAGCUCGCUUGGACGAACUUGCUGACGGAGAGCAAGCCGUGCGGAAAGAUCACGUCGACGCCAUCGAGGCACUUGUCCUUCAAACAAAAGAUGCUCUUGGGACUCUGGGGGGCCAACUGGAGACCUUUUCCCGAAAAGAAGACGUGGCUUCUGUCUUGUCCCUCGUUGCUCAGCUCACAACGUCUCUGGACGAGAUGAAGGAGCGCGCGGAAAAGUCCCUCGAGGAUCCCGAGAAGGUGACCAAGCAAGACGUUCAUGCCGUCGGAGAAGCCGUCGUCGAGGUGAAGUCGAUCAUCGAUCAGAUGAUCAAGACCGACAUCGCAGUGCUCCCUUCCAAAGAUGACUUCUCGAGCCUUGAGCAGCUCAUCAAGGAACUCAAGGAGAACACGGAAGCCCAGACCGAAGCCAGCACGAAAGCACUCGAGAAGCGGCAAGCGGAGGCUGUUGACGUGGGCGAGCGAGUCUCGGAAGCCAGAGCAUUCCUGACUGAGUUUCACAGCUUGGUCAAGGAGAGACUUCACGCCGGCGGUAACGCCGUCGAAUCGCUCAGCAAAGUUCUGGAAGGCAUUAGCGAAACGGUGCACCGGAACGCUGACGUCGGCAGUAACCUCAAAGAAAUGCUCGAGCUGGUCAAAUCCGAAUUCGAAGAAUCGAAAACCGCAGUGCUCGUGUCGAAGAUGGACACCGACGAGAAGCUCAAGGAAACUGCAGAGACCCUCGGGAGCAAGGUCGACGAGAAGAUCGGCGAGCUUCUCGCGAAAUACGACGAAUUCCAAGUUGCUACGGAGAACCGGACCAAGGCUUCGGAGGCUCGAGAUAUAGCGGUGGACGCUGCAGUAACUGACACGAAGACGAUCGCCGAGGAGCUGAAGGUCUUGAUCGAUACUCUUGGCUCGACUGUUACGGAUUCCCUCGAGAAGAUGGAAGAGGCAUCUAAGACGGUCUUUGAAAAGGUCGAAACGCUAUAUAGCAAGUCCGAGGAGACCUACGCGGAUGGUAAGAACGAGCAUCAGAUGACACGCGACCACGUUAAGCAAGCGAUCAGUGCCGUCGAGGGCCUCCAGGGUCAUGUGGGAGACUUUCAACCGAAGAUCCUUGAUUCGAUUAAGGAAGUGCUUCUUAUUGUUGGCCAGCACUAUGAGCAUUCCAAGAAUUCGGAGACGGGCAUUCUCAAGAAGAUCGAAGACUCUAAACCUGAGCCUCUACAGUUGCCACCUCCUGUCGAAAAGUACGACGACACCGAGGUGCAAGCGAAGCUGGACAAGUUGAAUCGCGACAUCCAUACCAAACUAGACAGGAUCGUCGACCACACGUACUCUGCGGAUCGGGCACACGCCCAGCUCGAUACCCUCGACAAGGUGCACCAACAAGUUGUGAAGACUGCUGCUGAUAUCUCGGAAUUACUCUCGUCGCAAAAGGUGCGCAUGGAGACCGAGAAUGAAAACCUUGAGAAGACGCUGCAGGAGACGACUAUCCAACUAGAGCGCCGGAGGGCAGAGAGGGAGCAGAUCGAAGCCAAUCUAGUAGCUUUACGAGACGAAGAGCUUCAGAUGCGCGAGACGAUUCUGGCGCUAAGGUCCGAGCAAGAAUCCAUGAUCCGGCAGAAGACCCGGUUGACCGCGGACGUGUCUUCGCUUGAGACAGCCCUACAUCUGCGCCGCGAGGAACUCCAGGCGAUGGAUGCUCGGGCCGAGGGCUUAGAACGCAGGAUACUCGAGGGUGUCCUCGACCAUUCUCGCGCGCUCCUCAUGACCAAAUCCGGCGCCAAGGGUCGUGAGGCUAUGAGUCGCAAGCGUGUCCCCGGGGCCAGUUCCACUUUAGGGACCGCCCACGACCCCAACUCGUCCGGAAAGCAGGCAGCCAAGACCCGCUCCGGGGUCAACAUGGCGGUGAAUGGCAACAGAGCCAGCCUUGUCUCGCAGAAUUCCGCGGGCACCGGUCGCCGAAUCCUAAGCCUCAACCAGAUCACGAACAACGUCCCCACCAGCAACAUGAAACGUAGCCAGAGCGUGCGCACGCCGGCGAACGCAGGGCAGCGGAAGAACAGCUGGGCGCCGGGCAAAAAUCGGGCUGGGAAGGGGUACGGAGACCUGAACAAGGAGAACGUGGAUUCGGUGCGCGAGGCCGACGAAGAAGCUCACGACGGCUCGCCCGCGCUCGAAUCAGGGUCCGAGACAACGACGCCCGUCGACGACGAGACCGUAGUGGUCGAAGGCCCCGGCAGCAAACCGCCCGUGGACGAAGGCAAAGAGGCUGCGGACGCGAGGCGGUCGAGCGUCGAUAGUGCGACGAUGCAUACGGGUGCGGAGACGGAGGGAAGCUAUGGUGAAUACGACGAGGAGACGCGGGACCAUCACAGUGAGUGGGCCGAGAGCGCCUUCGGCACGGACAGCGUCAUAUCGGAGAGCAUCGCCGACACGGAUAGCAUCACCGGCGAGGGCGAGGUGCUGGUUUACGAUGCUGCUUAGGGAGGAGGAGUAGUAAGAAGAAAGAAGAAGAGGCGGGGGGGGUUACUUCGCACCGAAUAUUAUACCCCCCCGCCCCCCUUCAGCCU